AUGAACCCCACGCAGCCCGCCGCCAAAAAGGCGUGCGACAAGUGCCGGCUGCGCAAGAUCAAGUGCGACCUGACCCAGCCCUGUGCCAGCUGCACUGCCCGCAACUUUGAAUGCACAUAUCAGACCCCGCACCGCAAGAGAGGGCCGGCUGGAAGACGGCUAGCCGAAAUCCGACAGCAGCAGGGUUGGCGGAGCGCCGAGCAGCUGCAGACGCCCACCAUCUCGCCUGGCCGCGACCAACCCCAUCUCCAGGACGGAGAUGCCAUCGACCAGCCCAUGACCGCCUCGUGGGACAUGCUGGGCUGCCUGCCGCAGCCGCAGCAGCCGCAGCCCGACGCCUGGCCCCAGAGCGAGGAUGAGUACCUGAUGCCCUCGUCGGCCGGCCAGACGUCGCAGACGUCGCAGAAUGCCUUCGACGACUCCAUGUUUUCGCUGCUCGCCCGCCCCCAGGCCCCGUCGUCGGGCAGCCUGCACCCGCGCCCGCCCAGCCUGCCCGACCCCACCAGCAUCUGGCCCUUGGGAAUCACCGACGAGAACCUCAUCCGCUGGAUCGACGUCUACUUCGAGCGCCUCUACCCGACCCUGCCCAUCCUCAAGCGCUCCUCCAUCUUCGCCCGCCUGCUGAGCCAGGAGCACCGCACCAAUCCCGACUUCGGCGCUAUGCUGCUCGCCCUGAGCGCCUUUUCGCUCAUUCAGCCCGUCCGCAUUUCUGAGUGGUCCUCAGCCUCGUCACGUGAGAACAUGGUCAACUUCAUGCUCUCCGAGUCGGUUAAGAUGCGGGCCUCGGUCGAGUUCGGCGAGAACCCCUCGCUCGACGCCAUCCUGACGAGCGUUUUCCUGUUCGCCUGCCUGUUCCAGCGCAACCAGCACAAUGCCGCCUGGUUCCGGUUGAAGGAGGCUGUGGAGCUUGGGUCUGUCUUUGGCCUAGGCCGGUCCGAGUGCUACGCCAACUGCGAGGCCGAGCAGAAGCAGCAGCGCCUGAGGAUCUACUAUCUACUUGCUGUCACCGAGAGGGCCUAUGCGUUGGAGAAGAAGCACCCAAUCACCUUCCUGGGCCACCCGAGCCUGGAAACGCGCUCGCUACUCGAAUCCGUCUCGGCUCCUUCCGAGGGCGACGACCUUGGCAUCGUCAUCCACGACGAGGCCGAGUCCAACGGCAUGCUCGGCCUGCUGAAGCUCAUGACGCUGUUCGACCCCAUCGACGAGAACUUCGUGCGCUGCUGGAACGGCCAGUGCGACAAGACGGGCGGCCGGUGCCGCUUCCUCGACGAGCAGAUGGCCAUCACCAUCUACGAGAACCUCACCCGACACAGCAUGGCAAACUCGACGGGCGUUUCCUCCAUGUUCACCAACGCCCCGCCCUGGUUCAUGAACGCCACGCUCAAGGACACGCAGGUGGCCGAUCUCAUGGUCAACGAGCAGUGGCUGCAGAAUCGCUUCUGGAACCUCUGUCUCUCGCACCGGAUCCUGUCGCCGCAGGCCGAGCACCCCGCCCUGCAGGUCUUCCAGGCCGUGACCAUCGCCGAGAACACGCUGCGCGUCUGCUCGGGCCUGUCGCUCUCGUCUCUGGAAGUCCACGGAGUUGGCACUAUCGAGAAGUUGUACUGCAUCGUCGAGAGUGCGGUGGCGGCGAAGCGAUAUAGUGAGAGCAUCAGCUACGGGGCCCAGGUGGCGGCGCUGUCGCCACACGCUUUCAACAACACCAGCGCAUCAUUAUCUCCGUCAGACCCGCUCAUCCACGGCUUCCUCGACUUCUUCAAGAAGAUCCGAGCGGGCCAACAUCCGUUUCUCGGCAAGCUUUCGGCGCUGGUGGGGCAGGAGCUGGGAGUUGACAGCAUCUGA